CUCCUCUCCUCUACUCAAUCAGUGGCACUUAUUGAGCGCCCACUGUUGGCAAAACCCUGCAAAGAGCGCCGAUUUCCCCUUCCGCUCCUCAGCCGACCUUGGCCUCUCCCAUGCCAGACCUACUUCUCGCCACCCCCGCUUGGUCCCUCCCUGUCCUCUCGCCCUUCCCUCCCUGCCCUUCAGACUGGGCCGAGCCAGCCUUGGGGCGUGAGCACUGGCAGAGGGAGCAGGAGAGCAGCAGGAGGGGGCAGCAGCCAUGGCCACGGUGGAGCUGGUGGACUUGAUCCAGGAGGAGGUGACCUGCCCCAUCUGCCUGGGCUUCAUGAAGGAGCCCGUGAGCACGGACUGUGGCCACUGCUUCUGCUCCAGCUGCAUCUCUGCCCUCUUGGAAACGUCUGGCACGACGCCGGGGGAGACCCAUCCGUGCCCCCAGUGCCGCACCAGCUUCCAGCCGGAGACCCUCCGGCACAACAGGCACCUGGGCAACAUCGUGGCCGCCCUGCGGCUCCUGGGGCCGGGGGCGCGGCCGGCGGAGACGCUGUGCGAGCGGCACGGGGAGAGCCUGCGGCUCUUCUGCCAGGAGGACGGGAAGGCCGUCUGCGCCCUGUGCGACCAGUCCCGGGAGCACCGGGGCCACCGCACCCUCCCCGUCCAGGUGGCCGCGCGGACCUACAAGGUGCGAAACCCGGCGGGGGAGGAAAAGACCCCCGGGGAGGCAGUGAGGGCGGCCAGCCAGCUCCAGAGAACCGGGAUUAGAACCCAGGUUCUUCUGACUUUCAAGCUCCUUCUGCCGGAAGAAACGCUCCGAAUCCUCUCGUUUUCCUCCCCUCACAUCUCCGAAACUGACGGGCAGGCCUAUGGUCAGCGGACUGACCCGUGGGUGGACAGAGACGUGGCCGCUCUGUCCCCGGAGCAGAGCAUCUCUGCCCCCUGGGCCCGUCCCACUGCGGUGCCGCUGUCGGGGUCACACUUGGUGACGUCUCUGUGCCUGUCUCCGCAGAAGAGGCUCCAGGAGACGCUGGAUGGGCUGAAGGAGGUGCAGGUGCGGGCUCUGCAGCUGGAAACCUCCGAGAGACACAAACAGGCGGCCUGGCAGGAGAAGGUGGCGGCCCGGAGGCAGAGGGUGGCGGCGGAGUUUGAGAAGAUGCGCAGUUUCCUGGAGCAGGAGGAGCAGCGGCAGCUGCGGGAGCUGGAGCAGGAGGAGAGCGAGACCCUGCGGGGCCUGCGGGAGAGCGAGGCCCGGCUGGUCCGGCAGAACCGCGGGCUGCGGGAGCUGAUCGCCGAGCUGGAGAGCAGGUGCCAGGCCCCGCCUCUGGAGCUGCUGCAGGACGUGAAGGACAUCUUGAGCAGGGGUGAGGCCUGGACCCUCUGCCCACCGGGCAUCGUUCCCAUAGAGCCGAGAAGUGUCUGCCGCAUCCUGGGACUGAGGGAGACCCUGAGGACGUUUGCAGCGGACGUGACACUGGAUCCCGACACGGCUCAUCCCAAACUGGUCCUGUCCGGAGACCGGAGGAGUGUGAGGUGCGGACAGGCCCGCCAGGACGUGCCCGAGACCCCGCAGAGAUUCGAUCGCUACGUCAGUGUCCUGGGGGCUCAGCGCUUCACGGAGGGGAGGCACUACUGGGAGGUGGCCGUGGGCGGGAAGACCAGGUGGACCCUGGGGGUCUGCAGGGACUCGGUGGGGCGGAAGGGGAAGGCCAUCCGUUACCCUCGGACCGGGUACUGGCGGAUAAUCCUGAGGAAUGGUGGCCACUACAAGGCCCGGAGCUCUCCGCCCACCCUGCUGUGCCCACGGGAGCCCCCGCAGCGAGUCGGGGUCUUCCUGGACUACGAGGCCGGAGACGUCUCCUUCUACAGCGUGGCCGACGGGUCCCACAUCUUCACCUUCGCCGGCUGCUCCUUCUCCGGGUCGCUCCGCCCUUAUUUCUGUCCUUGCCCCCACGACGGAGGGAAAAACGCCGCUCCUCUGACCAUCUGCCCGCUGAGCGGGGGGGACGCGGGGUCCGACCCCGCUGAUCACUAGGCCCUUCUCUGGACCCCGUAGUCGCCUGUCCAGGGU